AUGCCUUUAGUCGAAAAGUCUUUGCCUUCGCCUGAACUGAAAGUCCAGCAUAGCUUGCCGGAAGCAGCCAGCGAGCAACGACAUUGCGUUGCUUGCAUGACGAAUAUUUCAUGCUUGGAAACAAUAGAGUCUCCUUGCUCCCACAUAUACUGCCACAGAUGUGUAACAGAUCUAUUCAAAUCCGCCAUGGUGGAUGAGUCGUUAUUCCCCCCUCGAUGCUGUGGUCAGCAUAUGCCUCUGGAGUCCACAAAGAGCUUCUUGUCUACAGAGCUGCUCAAAGAAUAUCAAGAAAAAGAACUGGAAUAUGGUACAUCGAACAGGACAUACUGUUAUAUAUCUACUUGUUUGGCAUUUAUCCCCCCCAAAUGCAUUCAAAAUGGCGUGGCGACAUGCAAAAUUUGUUCCUGCAAGACGUGCGCUAUCUGCAAGGCCCCAUCCCAUGAAGAUGAAGAGUGUCCUGAGGACAUGGACAUGGAAGAACUUCUUAAUACCGCAGCCAAUAAAAAGUGGCAGAGAUGCUACUCGUACCACAGGAUGGUCGAGCUCGCCACAGGAUGCAAUCAUAUAACAUGUCGCUGCAAAGCCGAAUUUUGCUACCAAUGCGGCCUGCAAUGGAAGCAAUGCCCCUGUCCCCUUUGGCAUGAAAAUCGAUUACUCGUACGCCAGGUACAGCGCGCCGAGAGACAGCGGACGUUGCAAGUUGGCCCUGUUGCAUGUACGCAUCGUCAUUGGACAGUUUUGUACGGCGGUUAUCAAUGCAAAAGGUGCGAGGAUUGGUUACCUAGAUUCAUAUUCUCGUGCAAUGGUUGUGGAAUGUCGGCAUAUCGGGGAUGCAAGCGCUAG